AUGGCUGCAGCCAACAAGGGCAACAAGCCCAGAGUCCGGAGUAUCCGCUUUGCAGCCGGCCAUGAUGCCGAGGGCUCCCAGAGCCACGUCCACUUUGAUGAGAAGCUGCAUGACUCGGUGGUCAUGGUCACCCAGGAGAGUGACAGCAGCUUUCUGGUUAAGGUUGGCUUCCUGAAGAUCCUGCACAGGUAUGAGAUCACCUUCACCCUGCCCUCGGUGCAAAGGCUGAGCAAGGACGUCCGAGAGGCACCCGUCCCCAGCCUGCACCUCAAGCUCCUCAGCAUCAUACCCGUCCCAGAAGGUUACAGCGUCAAGUGUGAGUACACAGCGCACAAGGAAGGCGUCCUCAAGGAGGAGAUGCUGCUAGCCUGUGAAGGUGGCACAGGCACCUGUGUGCGAGUGGUGGUGCAGGCCCGUGUCAUGGACCGGCACCAUGGCACACCCAUGCUGCUGGAUGGUGUCAAGUGCGUGGGCGCUGAGCUAGAAUACGACUCGGAGCACAGCGACUGGCAUGGCUUCGACUGA